CGACAACAUUAUCAAUUCCCUCCACAACGCCGCGGCGAUGCGACUGUCUGCGCGGCUGUUGAACCUAAGCCGGGAGGGCACCCCCCUCCAAGGGCCAAAAUCGAUAUACCUCUGUUCAACAUGCAGACAGGAAGUCCGCGUCCAUCCACGCCCAUUUCUCAUCCACCAUCAAAUCCGCCAUAAAGGCACUUUCACGGAGCGAAUGCGACGAAAGAUAUGGGGCACGGACAAUCCUCCCGGUCUUCAAGAUCCGUACGGCGGCGAGGGUGUCAUUGAAAGGGAGGUCCGCAAGAGAUGGAAGCCGGAAUCUGAAUUGGAAAAAGAGGAAGAGCGUCCUGAACAGCGUACGGAAGUGCACGAAGAAGUGGAGGCAUAUGAGGAUGAUCUUGCUCCUCCUGAUGAAUAUGUUCAAGCAACGACUUGGGAUGGGCUUGAGCGUAUCGGCCACUUGGGGAAGUGGUCGGAUUAUCUUCCUAGAAAGGAGGAUGCUUAUACCCCAUUCAUGCCUAGGAAGAAGUUUACGAAGAUGCGACACAUAUCGCUCGCCGCGCACCAGGCGGUAGUGGAGAUCGCGAUAAUGCACGCCUUGAAGAAGCCAUUGGUUAAUGUUUGCAGUGUGGUGACACACCAUAAGACGGUUUUCAAGUUCAUCGCAGACUGCAAGGUUCGGCCGACUGAGAAUGGCCAGUGGGACGAGGCCAUUGUCUUUCCGAGCAAGAAAGCAAAGAAAGCCCUUCUUUACGUUUUCGAGCAGAUUGGAGAUACUACCAGUAGGGCUGCAAUCGAGAUUAGGGAUAAGACCACGGCACCCGAUGCUUUCUUCUUCGGCAUCAGGGAAGUCCGCGAUAGUGGUUUCCUUUCCUUGCCCCUGAACGACCCGGCUACCAAAUUUGCUUUCCUGAAAAGACUGUCCCAGUUGACCGGCUACUUCUUCCCGGAUGGUCCCGCCCACUCUUUCACCUCCGUCAAACAAAGCGUGGAAUUCAUUGAUAAGCAGAUUAACCCGAAACAGAAAUUGGCUGUUGAAUUGACGAAGAACUCCAGCCUUCAGCAGCUGUCAAAUGUGAAGAUCUUUGCUAAGAGACAGACCCAGUCAACUAGGGAUGAGGAGCUAGGCAGAAAGAAGGUCAUUGAGGCCGUGUUCCGAGAAAGAGGUUUGAUUGUAUGAAGUCUGAUUUUUGAAGACUUUUAUUUGAAGAUAUUUUGUCUUACCACUAUUUUUUCUCCUAAGAAUGCUUGUAUAAUAGCAAUAAAAAAUACUGCCCAGAAUCUGACGAGAAAUUGCGCU